AUGGCGUCCCUCUUCACCGAGACAAUCACCGAGAUGACAUCUAUAUUCACGCCACCUACCGAUUGCACUCGCUCGUGGACCUAUGAAGAUGAAACUUAUAACAGCGUUCCAGGCGGACUUCUUCUUCAGAAUCAGGAUUCCCUCAGUCUCGACGAAACGUGUUUCCCUACUUCUUUUGGCGGUUAUGGCCGUGCGCCUUCUUCCAUACAAGUCUACUCUCCAGGAGCAUGUCCUGGGGGUUAUGCAACUCCAGGGUUCUUCCAGAAUGAAGGUAUUACAACAGCUAUAUGCUGCCCAUCGUCUUUUUCGUACGGUAGCACCUAUUCAAGCGUUAAUUACUUUGGAACCACCUCAGUCCUCUUCAUGGGCUGCAUUUCCAAGUUCGAUGGUACAACCACAGUCUCUGGGCGAGGCAAUUCCUCCAUGAUUCAGGUUAUCGGCACCGAUUUGACAAUGUGGGCUCAACCAAUUACAGUCGAGUAUAAACAAGAAGAUCUGUCGUUAUUUGGUAUAACAUCCACCGCCAGUGGGUCAGCUGCAACAGCAUCUGGUGGUACAAUAUCGAAUACCGCUACUUUACCAGGUCCGAGCCCAACAACCAAUUCUUCGUCCCCCGCAAAUACUUCCCCCGCACCCGACCCAGGUCAAGAGCAGACAGAUUCGACUGGUCUCUCUACCGGCGCAAAGGCGGGCAUAGGCAUAGCUGUCGGACUCUUGGCGGUUGGGGUGCUUGCCUUCGGCUUAUUUGUUAUUCUCAGGAGAAGGAAACAACGAUCUAACAAAAGAGUGCCACCAGAAGACCUGGCACUGAGAGAUUCAAAGUAUCACCCAGUCACACAGGAUCAGGACUCGUGGGAAAGGCGGGAACUGGACACAGUGGAGACCGAAGUUCGACCUGAAGUUCAGCCUCCCCAAUAUGCUGCAAAGGCACGAAAUCAACCUGGACAAAUCAGUGAGCUGGAGUGA